GUGGUCGGAGAUCACUAUGUGCGCUUUUUCUUUUGAGGAAAAAUGAAACUCUUUAUUUCCUUCCAACUAACCAACUAAACUCCUCUCGGCUCCUCCGCCCCCUCUUGAGAUAGAAAACAAUAGCAGCAGUAGCAGAGCCCCGCGUUCUCCAUUACCCACCCUCCGCCAAUUGAACGAGGAAGAAGAAGCUCUAAGCAUCAUCACCACCACCACCAUUAAUGGCGACCUCUCCCGUCACCACCAAUUCCCUCUCCUCGUCCUCCUCCUCCCUCUUCUCCGCCUCCCUCCCUUCUCUCCUGCCCCGACGCCGCGUCCCCCUUCCCCUCGCCCUCCGCCGCCGCCAUGGGACCCCGGCGAUCCGCGCGAAGAUCCGGGAGAUCUUCAUGCCGGCGCUGAGCUCGACGAUGACGGAGGGGAAGAUCGUGUCGUGGGUGAAGGCGGAGGGCGACCGCCUCUCCAAGGGCGAGAGCGUCGUCGUCGUCGAGUCCGACAAGGCCGACAUGGACGUCGAGACCUUCUACGACGGCAUCCUCGCCGCCAUCGUCGUCCCCGAGGGCCAAUCCGCCCCCGUCGGCGCCCCCAUCGGCCUCCUCGCCGAGUCCGAGGACGAGGUCCCCCUCGCCAAGGCGCAGGCCCUCUCCCAAUCCCAACCCCAAACCCCUCCAUCUCCUCCUCCUCCGUCGGAAGCUACUCCUCCUCCUUCUCCUCCCCCCGCCACAGCGCCCCCGACACCGGUUGCGGCGGCGGCGGCGGCGGCACCACCGGUCCAAGAAGGGCCGAGGAAGACGAUCGCCACGCCCUUCGCAAAGAAGCUCGCGAAGCAGCACAAGGUGGAUCUAGCGAAGGUCGCCGGCACCGGGCCGUAUGGGAGGAUCACUUCUACGGAUAUUGAGGCCGCCGCGGGGAUCCAGCCUAAGAAGCCGGCCGCGGCCCCUGCUGCUCCGGCUCCUGCGGCUUCGAUAACUGCUGCUGCCACUGCUACUGCUAAAGGUUCUGCAGCUGCUGCUCCUUCCCCGCUUCCUGGAUCGACGGUUGUCCCAUUCACGACGAUGCGGGCUGCCGUCUCCAAGAACAUGUUGGAGAGCCUCUCUGUGCCGACUUUCCGUGUUGGGUACCCUGUGAUGACCGAUGCGCUUGAGGCUCUCUAUGAAAAGAUCAAGUCGAAGGGGGUGACAAUGACUGUACUGCUGGCCAAGGCUGCAGCAAUGGCACUUGCUCAGCAUCCCGUUGUGAAUGCAAGUUGCAAGGAUGGAAAGAGCUUCGGUUUCAAUAGCAAUAUUAACAUUGCAGUGGCUGUGGCUAUUGAUGGCGGACUGAUUACCCCCGUUCUCCAGGAUGCUGACAAGCUGGAUUUGUAUUUGCUUUCUCAACAAUGGAAAGAGCUGGUUAAAAAAGCUCAUGCUAAACAGCUUUCACCAAAUGAGUACAACUCAGGAACAUUUACUCUAUCAAAUCUAGGUAUGUUUGGUGUAGACCGAUUUGAUGCCAUCCUUCCUCCCGGCCAGGGUGCUAUCAUGGCUGUCGGAGCUUCAAAGCCUACAGUUGUGGCUGAUAAAGAUGGUUUCUUUAGCGUUAAGAGUAAAAUGCUGGUGAAUGUAACUGCUGAUCACCGCAUAAUCUAUGGUGCGGACUUGGCAGCUUUCCUGCGGACCUUUUCAAAGACUGUUGAGAAUCCUGAGGGCUUAACUUUGUAAGAGCUUCUUCGCAAACUCUUCUCUUCACGUGCAGGUCAUAUAUUAUAUCUCGGCGCCUUUCUAAAUGGUUUCAAUUUGUUGUUGUCUGUGAGCAUUGGUAUGGUUGAAGGUUUGUUUUUUGUAGUAAUGCUGAAGUACUCGUUCUAUUUUUCCAUUAUGUUGUUUUCUAUUGACGCUCUGUUUCAUAAAUGUUAAGUGGUAACAAGAACUGAUUCAAAAUUUUGGAAAAAUUAAUAAAUUAAGAAAUAGCUGGCCAUUUUCCUAGCUGCC